AUGGAUCGUGACAGUCUCGAGCCGAGGGAUCCAUAUCAUAUGCACGGAAACCAGGAGGAUAUUGACAGUGUUGAGUCAAUGGAUCCAUACCAUGCCUAUGGCAAUCAGGAGGAUAUGCCGGACGAAGUCACUAGUUCGAUGCCUUCACAAGGCAAUCCCACGCCGAACGGGCCGAGGAACAAUGACCCCAACACCGACUUUGGGGUAUAUCUUUCGUCCAGUCAUGACAAUUUGCAUACCAACCAGGGUGGAUCUUCUAGCAUCUCUCCAACAAUGCGGGGACAAGAACCUUGGUUGUAUGUGGAAAGCCAGCUCCCAGAAAUCCAACUCCGAGGAGGGCGCGAGACUCCAGUGCAGGAUUCGAUGUCAGAUCCUCGGCCAGCUCCUCUACCAUAUAUAGGAACGGAUAGGUUGCCCCAAUCAAGAUCAUUCAAUCAAAGGGAGUACUACAGAGAUAGCCAACGGGGAACAGUGUAUCAACUGUCAUGGGACAACAUUGUGCAGGAAGGCAUUAGCUCUGAUGCGGGACAUACACAAAGUUUUAGUGAAUACGAUGAUGGAGGCGGGUAUAAGCAGCAGCUCCCUGAACAGGAGCAUAACAUGUCCAACCAAUACCAUACAUCCGGGUUUGAAGUAGCCCCCAGCAUCGAGGUGCCCGAAAAUGAGCCCCAGUACUUUGUUGAACAGGGAUUCGAGGACCAGCAGGAGCUGCCAGCUGAUAGUAUAGGCGCAACACAGUCCCCAAGUGCUUUAGUGUGCACAGAGAGAUAUAGCCGAGCAGGCUCUACCGUCUCAAGAAACCAAGACCACUCGGUGAGAUGUGAGUUUUGUGGAAAACUGCUGUACGGUCCCCACGCCGAUGGGAACCUUAAGCGACACCAGAAAUCCUUGGAGUGUAACUCUUCUGAGAAAAGAAGGGAAUGGCCUUGCGAUCAAUGCCAUAAGGUGUACCAGAGAUCCGAUGGGUUGCUUGUUCAUAAGCGUAAGCGUCAUGGACAUCCACCAGCGGAGCGGAGGGUAAAAGAAACAACCGGGUACUCCUAAUGGCGACGUCCGGGUGAACAAGUCGAGGAGAGGGCCACUCAAAUAACACAACGAACGUUCAAAAGUCGAUGACCCGGACGGAAUCCUCAUAUGGAAGCCCUCCUUUGUGUGUCCUCCUCCGUCCUGGUCCUGGAUCCAGGUGUGCUGUUCUUCGAAUAUAAAUCUCGUAUAUUGUUGUCUUUAACGUAGCCAUUCUCGAGGUGCAGGGGCGACAAGAUGAGGUAUAAUUCGGACCCAAGCUGGGUGCUGGAACCAGAGUAUGGAGACGUUCGAUGAGGAGACCGCCGCGGAUUCGCCUUUUGCUAGACUCUCCAUUUCAUUGCCUAGAAUCAUCUCAGGGAGAACAAGGACGCAUAGGAGACUCAUAAUAGAGUGCUAUUGAGUGACGACAGGAGCACCAUAUUGCGGAGGUAUGUC